AUGUCUGUGGCCUCAACCUCACACCAGACGCCAAACACAUUUGGAAAUGUCACCAUUGCCUCGGACACUACAUUCACCACUGGACUAGGCGAGACAUGUUACCAUCCUCUCACCUUCAACAUUUAUAAUUUGAACUUUAUUAAAUUGAAUACAUUGUUUGAGGUCUAUAGCUUUACCUCUGCGAUCAGUGUCUCGAUCGUCAACACCACAUGCCAGUCUCAAUAUCAAAUCGCAGGAGCAGCAUUCUCAAUCUUUCAAUAUGAUGGAAAUAAUUCGGUGUACAGUCCGGUCUACAUAAGCAUUCAAUCAUCAACAUUCAAUACAUUCUCAAUGGGUAUCCUGCGGUCAUCGGAUGAUAUCAUCCUGGAGAUAGAGAUGAGAGAUUCAUUCUUUGGCUACAACAAUCAUGACAGUGGAUGGUCGUUGGUCUCUGUUUAUAGUGGCAAUAUCAUAAUGGAUAAUAUUCACGUCUCUGGAGGAGGUCCCAUAUAUGACAACGGUGGCGGCUGGGAGCACACAAUCAAUAUCACCAACUCAUACCUUUCACAGUUGAUGAUGCCAGAUGAAGCGUUCUAUCUCCUCUUUGACAAGCUUUAUCUCUCCAACUGUGUGUUCUCCAACAUCACUUCAAGAACGUCCCCGAUCAUUGCUUCAUUUGGAGGCCAAUGUACAAUUGACAACACGACAUUCAUAUAA